ACGGCCGCCGCAGUCACCACACACCCGUGCCAGGCUGCCAGCCCUGUUCCCCGUUUUCCACACGUCCGCCCGUCCCACCUCCAGCCGCGCCGGCCGCAGGCAGCACCGAGCAGGCCCUCCAAUCGCUCGCCCACGCGCGCGCAGCCGAGGCGCCGUGGCGGUGGGCGCAGGACCCCCACCCGAACUCCACACUCCGUAGCAGCCUGGCUCGUCACCCGCGCGCAGCCACAGCGGCUAGCCGGCUACUACAUGGUGGCCUACAAGAGGAGCAAGCGGACGAGACGAGCGCCACGGGUAGCGCCCGCCGCAGCCCAGUCCGCGACCCCGUGCCCGCCCAGCCACUCCGAGUUCUUUUCGUGCCCAGCUCGCUCCGCGCGCCAAUUCCGGGGGCCGGGUUUCGUUUCCCAAGCUCGGCCAUGGCGGGGCACGACGGAGCGGCGGCGAGGGCGUGGUGGGCCUGGGCGGUUCUUGCGGCGCUGCUGCCGCUUCUCGCGGCGGCGGCGGCGGAGGCCCCCGGGAGGUACCGCGCGGUGUUCAACUUCGGGGACUCGCUGGUGGACGCCGGCAACCUCGUCACCGACGGCAUCCCGGACUACCUCGCCACCGCGCGCCUGCCCUACGGCCGGACCUACUUCGGGUACCCCACCGGGCGGUGCUCCGACGGCCGCCUCGUCGUCGAUUUCAUCGCGCAAGAGCUUGGCCUCCCGUUCCUGCCGCCCUCCAAGGCCAAGAACGCCAGCUUCGCGCAGGGCGCCAACUUCGCCAUCACCGGCGCCACCGCGCUCGACACCGAGUUCUUCCAGAAGCGCGGGCUCGGCAAGACCGUCUGGAACUCCGGCUCCCUCUUCACCCAAAUCCAGUGGCUGCGUGACCUCAAGCCCUCGCUCUGCAACUCCGCCCAAGAAUGCAAGGAGUUCUUCGGCAAGUGCUUGUUCAUCGUGGGUGAAUUUGGCGGAAAUGACUACAACGCGCCCCUGUUCGCGGGCAAGGACCUCAAGGAGGCCUACAAGCUGAUGCCCCAUGUGAUUCAGGGCAUCUCCGACGGAAUUGAACAAUUGAUUGCUGAAGGGGCAAAUGAUUUGAUUGUGCCUGGAGUGAUGCCAUCGGGGUGCUUUCCAGUGUACCUGACCAUGUACGCUGACCCAAAGGAAGAGCAUGGCUCACGCACGGGCUGCCUCAAACGAUUCAACACAUUCUCGUGGGUGCACAAUGCGAUGCUCAAGCGUGCACUGGAGAAGCUCCGUGCGAAGCAUCCUGGAGUGAGGAUCAUGUAUGGCGAUUACUUCACGCCAAUCAUCCAAUUCAUACUUCAGCCAGAGAAGUUUGGGUUUUACAAACAACUACCAAGAGCAUGCUGUGGCGGUCCCGGUAGGGGUCCUUACAACUUCAAUCUAACAGCAAAAUGCGGCGAGCCUGGUGCCUCAGCAUGUGCCGAUCCUAAGACGCACUGGAGCUGGGAUGGUAUCCACUUGACAGAGGCGGCAUAUGGAUAUAUCGCCAGAGGUUGGCUGCAUGGACCGUUUGGAGAUGAACCUAUUGUGCAGUCGUCCUGAGCACACAGUCGUCCACAUCUGUUGUACCUCUAGAGUGUACCAAAAUAGCACACCAAACCGGAGCUGAUAAGGUAGUUGCAUAUAGUUGAGUGUAUAUGUUUUGGAUUCCAUUGCAGUCAGGUAAAAAGAGAUGAGAUAGGGACUAUUAAAGCAUGAUUUGUUCAUUCAUGAUGGACUGAUGGUGGUACAAGUACAGAUUGUAAUGCAGAAAAUAGUUCAAUGCGGUACACAGAUCCUUGCUCUGUGGUCCAUGCCAUUCCUGACAAAAAAUCACUGUGGCUGUUUACUGAAACUUGUGUCUGAA